AUGACGGAGGGUUCCGAUGGUAAUAAGCCCAGGCAAUUAAGAUUAAUUUCCGUCACAUUUAAAGAAGCCUCAUUGGAUUCACCAUCGUUUAGAGCUUCAGUGAAUUUUUUCCAAACAAGAGUGGAGUUAUUUGAAGAUUGGAUUGAGAAGACUACUGAUUUCUAUGAUCAUAAAUAUAAGGCAUCAUUUGAAGACUUCCAGCGUGCAAAGGAGACUUUGUUAUCUCAAUUAUUGCCCUCACCUGUGAUGGUAAGUAAUGGGUUUGUCGCAAAUCAGACUCUGACGCCCUUACUUAUUGAUAGUUUUAAUAAAGAUUAUAUGGAAUUCUCUACAAGAAUUAUGAAGAUUGUUCUAGGUGACGAUAUAAGUCAUUCGGCCAAUUUAUUAGAAUUGAUGACUAUAGCCAUUGAACCAUAUAGAAAUAAGAGAAAAAAUUUCGAAUAUUACCAAGGUAAAUUCGAUUCCACUUUGGCUACGUAUCAAAGUGUUAAUGUGACGGCAUCUAAUGUAGAUCCACAAACAAUACGAAAUGACGUUAUGCAAUUAUUUGAAAUUCACAAAAGUUACCUCCAAGCCUCUUUGGACCUAAUUAGUGCAAUUUCAUUGAUGCAGUUGGAAUUAGAUAGGUUCUUGAUGGAAUCAAUGUCCCUGUUGAAGGAGAAGAGCUUAUUUACUUUUAAAGAAUCAGGAAAAGUUAUUGAUUUGGUACCGUCAUUGAAUGAACAUUUGGAUGAUUAUUCCUUGUGGGUUCAAAAUUCUAUUGCCGGGGCCAAGGCUUUAGAUUCUGAUAUUCAACAUGCCAGAAAGCAAAUUUUCGAAUAUACUUUGAAACAAAUCACACCAUCAAAUAACAUAGAAGAUUAUAACGUGAAAAGUAUACGGUCAGCAAAUAUAAUUAAUGCUGCAAAAUUGAAGACUCCUACAAGUUCACCUGAUAAGGCAGGUUGGCUUUUUAUGAAGACACAAGUGGGAAAGCCAGGAAGAACUAUUUGGGUGAGAAGAUGGUGCUUUCUUUCCAAUUCGGUGUUCGGACUAUUCUUACUUUCACCAUCCAAAACAUAUGUUGAAGAGACUGAUAAGUUUGGUGUCUUAUUAACCAAUGUUCGUUAUGCUCCUGAUGAAGAACGUAAAUUUUGUUUUGAAGUUCGUAUUUUGCGUAAUAAAGCAAUUGAAUCCAAUGGCCAUCCAGCAAAGGAUAUCUCUCUGGUGUUCCAAUCUGAUAGUCUUUCAGAAUUGAAAUCCUGGUUAACCGUUUUUGAGUCGGCAAAGAAAUAUGCUUUAUCUUUAGAUUCUAAGUUUUUCCAACAUGAAAUGGCAUUUAAGAGAUUUUCACCUAAAUUUUAUGAAUUUGCAUCGAGUACUACAACAAGUAUAGAUCAACAGAUUACAACGUUUGAUCAAAAUUCUACAUCAUUGACUGAAUCAUUGGAUUACUCCUUCUCUGAAUAUGAAAUUUUGUCAUUAACAAAUAUGAAACUAUUCAAAUUUCAAAUGGUAAUGACCCCAAUAUGUACCAAGAUGACUCAAUUGGCUAUCUUAUCAAACCAUUUCACUAAGGGAAGUUGGUUCCCAAAUGCAAUCCUAGCGAACGUCUGGGGUGUGACUAAUUGGAGUGAGUAUUCAGUAUUCCAUGAUACCAAUAAAUCAAAUCCUCCUCUUAUAUUGCACAAAUCUCAAAAGGCUUUGAAUGCAAUGACAUCUACAGUUUACCCAUCAUAUUAUCCAAAUGAUUUAAAAAUUACAGAUUUACAAUUCAAAAACCUUUUCUUUUCCAUAGACCAAAAGUUGGCAGCUCAAGUAAAUGAAUUUGUUCUCUAUAAGUUUGAUACUUUUUGGAAUCCAAAUAAAAGACAAAGAUUCUUUUCCACAUGUUUUAUCACCAAUGAACAUCUCUAUUACUACAUGAAUUCCAUGGGGUUCAUAUGUUUGAAUAGAUUGAAAUUGGGGGAUAUCGUAUCAGUGGAAGCAGAUAAAUCGUCUAAGAAUUUGAUAAAGAUGUUUGAUAUUCAUGGGAUCCAAAUAAGAUCAUACAUUCUUUUCACAGAUCGUAGAGUUGUGGUGACAAAAAUUCAAUACUUAUUAGAAAAUAAUGCCUCAGAAUCACCAGCAGGAAUAGAAACCAUAUUGAAGAGAUUUGCCAAAAUUGAUAAGGAGUUACAAGAAACAAAGUUACUUGAAAGAAUUGCUCAAGAGAAGGGUAAUUCCACUCCAAACAAUGAAUCAAUGGCAUCCAAUUUAAAUAAAACUGCCCUAGAGACAAGUUUCUGGAAUAUUGAUGCUCCCACUAAUGAACUUAUCACAAGAUUGAAAAACAUUGAAAAAGAAUUCACUGUCACUUAUAAGCAUGAUUAUGAUAUUCCUGCCAAGGGGUUAAUGCAUAUUUUGUUUGGUGAUAGGUCUGAAGCAUUUCCACGUUGUUUAUUUUUAGCUGAUAAAACAAGUAAAAAAAAUUUAUGUUGGGGUUGGAAGCAAGAGAAAAUUGACGAAAAUACGACGCAGUUAGCCCGUACUAUUCAAUUUGAAUUAAAUAAAACUGAUAGUUUUAUUAGUGAUAAGAAAUUCCAUCGUAAUGGUGAAACGGAAGUAUUAAAAGUGAAACAAAGAGUCGUGAAAAUGUUGGAAAAUAGAUACUAUGAAAUUGAUUUGGAUCCUAUUAUUAUUAAAGUUCCAUUUUGUCAUCUUUUGAAAGUGACAAGUAAAUAUAUUAUUACUGAGACUCACAAUACAGAAAAUUUGAAAACGACCAACAUAGACUUGCCAACAAAGGGAUCCAUGUUACAUUUAUACUAUAAGAUUGAAUUUAUCACCUCAAAAGAUGGUAAAACUCUGACUAACAUAAAUAUGUUUGAAAAAUUCCAAAAGAGCUGGGUUCUUCAAUUUGUUAGUAGUGAAUAUCUUCUAAUUAGAAAGGUGAUACGGUUUUACCUUGAAAGAAUUGGUAAGCAUGGUAAAGUGAUUAAAGCCAUCAAAAUAUGCGGUUUGUUGGGUGUUUCAGAAAAUGCAGAGGAUGAGCUUAAGAAGAGGGAUAAUCCAGAAGAGAAAAUUAUUAAGAAGGCGCCCUAUGAUGUGAGAUACUCUUGCCUCAUAUUGGUAAAAAUAUUCAUCAAAUUGUUGAUCUAUCGUUUCAUGAAUACCUUAUUUAUUAGUAUCAGAUUGGUUAUUGGUGUUUUAAUCCAAGUAUAUCUAAAGGUAAAAGAUAUUAACAGAAUUCUAUUUCUAGGACUUGUUAUUUCUGCUCUUUUCAAUAUAUUUCUCUCAGGGAAAAGUGUUGCUUCAUAUUGGUCAGUUAGACGAGCAGAAAACAUAUUUGAAGACUUCAUGCAAGGAGCACAUAAAGGAACUAUGCAAAGAGCCAUUUCCAUCAAAGAUCUUGAUUUAUUGACAAACAGUUUGGCAACUGAAAAUGAUAAUUUAGCCUUCAAGAAAUUCAACGAGGAAGAUGAGGCCAGGGAUGAGCAAUAUAGGGAGACUCGCCAAGAAUUAGCAUUAAGAAGAAACGAACUAUUAGUUGAAUUAAGAAUCUUACAAAAUAUGGAAAGGGAAGUUGUUCAAGGUGAUUACAGAAAGUUCCUACUUCAAGAGAUAGAUAGUUGCACCGUUGUGAAGAGAGAAAUGAAUGACGUCUGGACAAACGACACUCUUUUACAAAAUUACUGCCAUAGCUGUAGCUCAGAAUUCGACAGAUUGAAACAAUUAUUGCUGUGA